UUUGUUAACUGUCAAAAACAUUUCUCGUAAAAUGAUUUUUUGUUAGGAGAAGUUCAACCGUUUUUUAAUUUCUCUUAAUUUCAGCCAGCAGUACUUAUCGUAAUUUUCAUAAAAUACAAUUUCCUCACAAAUAAACAACGAGCUUAAAUGAAUUUGGCGACGUUGAAAAAAUUGAAAACGUGUUGACCAUCAUUUUCAUUUAAAUUACACCAAUUAUAUAAAUGGCAAAGAAAAAACGACAAGGUGAGCCUAACAAAAAUUCCGACAACUCGAGCGAGUCAUGCGAUGAGAAUCAAAACAUGAACGAAUGCUCUCACAUACAUAAAGCCGUCGAUUUACCGAAAUUACGAAAGACUUUGAUCAGAACAAGCUUCCAUUCAGAAUGCGAGAAGUGUAAGACUAUGACCGUCUCUAACGAUCUGGAAAUGGACGGCGAUUACGAGUGCGAUCUCUCGCUGUGGAUGUGCUUGAAGUGCGGCAAUCAGAGUUGUGGACGCGCGAAGAAUCAACACGCUUUGGAACACUUCAAUACACCUCGGUCUGAUUGUCACGCGCUCUGUGUGAACACGAUGACCUGGAUUGUGUGGUGUUACAUUUGCGAUAACGAGAUUAAUAUUAACACUAAGAAGAUUUUAUUAGAUGCCAUCGAGUAUUUGAAGAAAAAUGCCGAAUUAUCCAGGAGUAAAAAUGCACAACCGCACACGUUGAUUAUGUCAAAUGAGAUGUCCGACGUCAUCGAGCUGAACAACAUGGAGAUGAAGGAGACCGGUUUCACCUUACAUCGUGCCCGCGGACUGCGGAACUUGGGCAACACGUGCUUUUUCAAUUCGGUCAUGCAGUGCUUAGGACAGACGCCUUACAUCCUAAGUCUUCUCGAGGAGACGUGCAAAGCGGGGCAGUACUUCAAUUUGCCCGGCGGAAAGUUGAGUUUAUCCGACUCGACCUCGAUAAUACUCGAUCCUUUGGAUGGUUACCUGGGCGAGUGGGGCAUUUUAACGCGAUUCCUCGCGCAAACCUUGCAGGAGCUUCAAAACGGACGUCCCGAAGUGAUCGAUCCCGUCAUGCUCUUCUCCAAGUUGACGAAUAGAAUGCCCCAGUUCGCCGGCGGGCACCAGCACGACUCCCACGAAUUGCUCAGGCAUCUUUUGGAGGCGGUACGCGAGGAAGAUCUGAGACGGUAUCAGGCGGUGAUACUCGAAAAAAUGGAUUUGAGUAGGAAGACGAAUCCGACGUCGGUUGAGGGUGAAAAGAAGAAGAUUAUUAAGUUUUAUGGUCAGCAGGCUUCGGAAUUUUUGUUGCCAACCGAGCAGGUCUUCCGGGGUGUAUUGGGGAGCACGUUGCAAUGUCAGGAGUGCCAGCAUACGUCUCAGCGGGAUGAAUUUUUCUUGGAUUUGAGUUUACCAAUAAGCGAGACACAAAUACCUCCAGUUCUAAGACGCAAAGCGGAAGAAUCCGACGACAAUAAACCUUCGAAGUACCAAACCAAGAAGGAAAAACGCGCGGCGAAAAAGAAUAAGAAAUUAAAGGCGUUCAACGAUAAUAGCAUGGGCGAAAACGAUUUCGGCACGCAUCAAGGCGGCGACAAUAAGUCCGAAACGGAGUCCGACGCGGACGUUGAAGACAACGUGGAGGACGGUAUGACGAAUAAAACGGAGGGAUUUCAAACGAGAGAGGAACUGAAGGGAACCGAGUCGGGUUACAAUUCCGAUAAAAUUGAAAAUGGCACGCCCACUUCGAAGGAGGAGUACACGACGGAGAUGCGGAUCGAAGACGCGCAAACGUCGACAAUGGGAAUGCUGAGCGCGUCUCCGCUCGCUCCCGAUAGUCUCGAGAAUAGUCGGACUUCAAGCGAAACUAACAUCGACAUGGGCAGUCCCCUUUGUGGACACAACAGUCCGCUGGAAGACACGAAUGAAGACUACGAGAGGCCCGAAUCCCGAUUGUCAUUUGUAAAUAAUAAAAACAUAGAUUUAAAAGCCGACUUAGAAAAACUAACUUUACUAAACGAAACUGAAUCGAAGAAAAUGAGCAGUUUGUACAGACAAUACAACGCCCCUCAGGACGAAGAGAUGAGCGAGGAGUAUGACGCGGACAUGUGGACGAAUACCAUUACGAGUCGCUAUCAGUGCGUCGAGGGCGAAUGUUCCGUCCAAUCUUGUUUAAAUCAAUUUACAGCGUGCGAGCUUUUAACCGGAAAUAAUAAGGUACUCUGUGAUGUGUGCACGAAGAACGUCGGGAAUGGGAAAAAUGUGUACACCAACGCAACGAAGCAGUUACUAAUUUGCAAUCCGCCGGCCGUCCUCAUCUUGCAUUUAAAGCGCUUUCAGGUUCUUAGGUUUCGUUCAAUGAAAGUAAAUAGGUUCGUUAAGUUUCCCACGCUUCUCGACUUGGCGCCGUUCUGCUCAAAGCGCUGUCAGAAGCUUCCGACUUUCGAGCACGGUCAGAACAAGGUGUUGUACUCUUUGUACGGCGUCGUCGAGCAUAGCGGUUCCUUGCACGGAGGUCACUACGUGGCGUACGUCAAAGUGAGACCUAAGCUUCAGAACCAGAGCUACCGGUGGCAGUACCUGCCCAAGAAUCAGAUGGCUUCCCAAAGCUACCACUGCAGAGGCGCCGAGGCGAAUCCCGAUUAUCCGACGGGAAAGUGGUAUUACAUUAGCGAUUCCUAUGUGAUCGAGGUGCCAGAGAGUAAGGUCCUAGGAGUUCAGGCUUACUUAUUGUUUUAUGAACGUAUAUUGUAAUACAGUUUGUUGUACUGAAAUUUGAAUUAUUAUAAUUGAUUUUUUUUGUUAA